AUGGCCACCACCGCAGGCGCCGCCGCUACAUCCUCAUUCAUCGGAACACGAUUUCCGGACGUGUACUCGAACUCGGGUCGGGUCCAGGCCCGGUUCGGAUUCGGGACCAAGAAACCCAAGAAGGCCGCGAAGUCCACUUUCUCUACAGACCGCCCACUUUGGUACCCGGGAGCCAAGGCCCCGGAAUGGCUGGACGGGAGCUUGGUGGGCGACUACGGGUUCGACCCCUUCGGGUUGGGCAAACCCGCGGAGUAUCUCCAGUACGACUACGACGGGCUGGACCAGAACCUGGCCAAGAACUUGGCGGGUGAUGUUAUCGGGACCCGAACCGAAACCGCGGACGUCCAGUCGACGCCGUUUCAGCCAUACAAUGAAGUGUUUGGGUUGCAGAGGUUUCGCGAGUGCGAGCUCAUCCAUGGCCGCUGGGCCAUGCUCGCCACUCUCGGUGCUCUCACCGUUGAGUCGGUCACUGGGAUCACAUGGCAAGACGCAGGGAAGGUGGAGCUUAUCGAAGGGUCAUCUUACUUGGGGCAGCCACUGCCGUUUUCUAUAACGACAUUGAUCUGGAUCGAGGUUCUGGUGAUCGGGUACAUCGAGUUCCAGAGGAACGCUGAGCUCGACCCGGAAAAGAGGCUGUACCCGGGUGGCAAGUUCUUUGACCCGUUGGGCCUGGCUUCCGACCCGGAAAAGAAGGCUACUCUUCAAUUGGCUGAAAUCAAGCACGCCCGUCUCGCCAUGAUCGGGUUUCUUGGGUUUGCUGUGCAGGCUGCUGUCACUGGAAAGGGUCCGCUUAACAACUGGGCUACCCAUUUGAGUGACCCGCUCCACACUACCAUUAUUGACUCCUUCACCUCUUCUUGA